UUGAACUUCCCCAAUCUUACCCACUUCUGCCUCGAUGCUGUCGACGUGUGGAAAAUUGAAGACUCUUUGAACACCACCGACCUUCCGAAACUGACGCAUUUCUCCAUCGAUUCUUGCCAGAUGUGGGGCAUUUCUAAAAUGGUUGAAACCUACCACCUGCGACACACUGGGAUAACGUCGCUAGAGGUUGGUUGCACGCAUUACGCAGAAUUUGUCAAUGUGGAUGGACAAACUGCUGGCAAAUUGGUCACCCUCUUCCCUGGCGUGAAGGAGUUUAAGCUCAAGUUGGGGAUUGGCUCAUGGUCAGAUUGGUAUGGCCCAGAAGAUUUUCUCAAUCUGAAGGAAAUAAUGCGAUCCUUGAGUGACUGGGCGUUGACGAGUGGGAAGGUGGAAAUUCGCAUUAAACGUGUCAGGAAGGAUUUGAAUGAGAAAUUCAUAAUUGCCGUGUUGGAAGGAAUGACAGAGUGGAAAGGUUUGAAGAACACGUCACUUCGAUUUUAUGGGUGUAAUGUUAGGGAAAAGUUUAGAAUUUUGGACGCUAUGAGAGCAGCAAUCUUGGCAUGCAAUACGAUUCGAAAUGUGGCUAUUGAAGGAUUCCCGAUCGACGACAAACCUUUGGAAGCCUUUCGUGAAUUUAUUCGGGAAAAUAAUUUGUCAGUUAGUAUCACCAAUUUAAGUCUUAAUGACUGGUGAGGGAUUUCGAACAAUUUGUAAGACGAGGUACCAAUUACAAGUAAAUAUGUCAUUGUUGUUACUUUUGUUUGCUACUUUACAAUCUUUCGUAGUUAUUAUUGAUAACCACAAUGUCUCGUUUUUGGUUUUUGUUACGUAUGUAAUUAUGUAAAUCUAAGUUAACUUGAACUAACAAGCCGUGUUUAAUAUGGGUAGAGCAUUUCCCCAAUUUCGAAAUUGUCGAUUAAAAAAUUUAGUUUCCAACUUUAAUAUGACGUUGGAACUCGAAUUGAAUUGAAGUUUACAUUUAGAUAGAUGAACUUUCAGAUCGAAAAUGUUAAAUUUCAGAAUAAUCAGACACAAUUUUAAUAAAUAAUACUCAAUCUA